GCGGCCGGCGGAGGGAGCGGCGCGGGCCGGGGUCGACGCCCGGAGCGCGGCCCCGGAGCACGAUGGGCUGGAAAAUAUACAGCAAAAGAAAAUCUUUAAAGAGAAUAUGGAAAAAACACAACAGAGUGAAGAGCCAUGUGCUGCUGAUUCAGUAGAUUCUCUAAUGGCAGAAAUGCCAUUUGUGGACACAGAUAUUGAGGAUGAACAUGCUAUGCAUGCAACUUCUGAACUAAGUAUUAAGAAGAAAAGAAAGAGGACUACUGGAAGGGAGAUUGAAGAAGGCACUGAGAUAAAAAAGAAAAAGAACAAACAGUAUCAGCCAAAUUAUUUCAUUUCUCUUCCAAUUACUAAUCCAAAGAUUACUGGCAGUAUUCAGGCUGUCCAAGAUGCAAUAGUACAAAAGGAUCAAAGGCUUUCCAAAGCAAUGGUUCGCUCUGGCUCAUUGCAUGUCACCAUGUUUGUGAUGCAUUUAUCCAGUGAAGAAGAAAUUAGCAUAGCAGUUGGUGCUCUUUCAGACAGCAAGGUUUUUGUAGAUGAUCUCCUGAAAGGAAAAAGAGUGGAUUUGUCUUUUCAAGGAAUUGAUCACUUCAGAAAUCAAGUUGGAUUUGUGAAUUUGGCAGAAAAUGAUCAUACAGCACUACUUAAGGAAAUAGCAGAAACUAUGAAAAAGAUAUUUCAAGAAAAGGGGAUCAUGGCAGGAGAAGAAAGGGCUUUUAAACCACAUCUGACCUUCAUGAAGUUGUCAAAAUCAACAGAGCUACGUAAGCAGGUGAAAAAAAUUGACUCUAGUCUGUAUGAAGAUUUCAAAAACCAUUAUUUUGGAGAUGAGAUCUUGCACCGCUUUGAUCUUUGCUCCAUGUUGAAAAAAAAGCAGCCAAAUGGUUACUACUACUGUGAGUCCUCCAUUGUUUUUGGAGAGAGCCAUGAAGCAGACUUAGUAAAGGAAGCUUUACGCAGAGAAACGCAGGCCCUGUUACCCAGACUGAAUCAGAUAAAGGAGCUGUUAAUGAGUCCUGAGAUCCGCACAAAAAUUAGCAAAGAACUCUUUGAAGACAGGCACAACUCUAACAGUAAAUGGAAAAGUUGUAUUGACUCUGAGUCUCCAAAUGCAUGACUGUAAAUUGCCAUUGUGGAAUAUCUCAUCAGGUUGUUUAAAGACAAAAUAUUGUGGCAAGAAAUUUUUCAGGUUGGUUUGUUUGGGUUUUUUUAACUGAAAAUGUGAAUGGGUAUAAAUGGCUCAUGAGGAAUCAGGCUGAAAUACUUGCACAGAAGGGUUAUAUUCAUAAUAAUGAAUUAUAGCCACUUCUCAACAUUGCAUUGAAACCUGUUUGAGUGUGCAGGUAUAUGUCAUGACUCCAAAGUAGAAAAUACUGGUUUCAAAUAGAUCUGAGCAAACACUGUGCCCUUCCUUUAUCACUGUAAAUAAUUCAGUUUUUUUUUCUCAUAUACUCCUUCUGUAACAAUGAUGUACAAGUAUUAAAAAAUUGGUGGUUUUAAAUACUACAAAAUGUAUAUUUGGGGAAAAAAUUCCUCUUUUAAUUAUCUGCCUUUUGUAUAUGUACUGGCAUUUUGGGUUAGCGUUGUAUGUUUUUUAUUGUUUUUUUAAACAGCACUUGAAUACUUCUAUAGAUGCUGACAUUUAGUUUCUGCUGAUGUUUACACUAAAGCAAGAAUGUUUUAAAUUUCAGUAUGAAAUUCAGGCUCCACUGAUCUCAAUGCCAUACUCUCAUUGGCUUUAAUGGAGUCAGGAUGCUGCAAUUAAGAUUUCUCGUGCAAAUAAUAAUAUUCCUUGGGAUAAUAUUUGCCUUUUUACUUUUGUAGAACAGUGUUUUUGUCUUUUGUUUUUGAUGUUCCUCCAUCUCUACCUUCUGCUGCCUGAGAUGGGGUGUCACUUUGCUCUCAUUGUUCCCUCCACACACCUGCAAGAGUCACUGAAGAUUUGGAUAAUGGACAGCAAAGCAGGAGUAGGUCCAAUAUUUGCAAUUUUUACAAGCAUUGUCAUAAAAGCUAUAUAAUAUGUUGUGAUUUGUAUCAGAAUUGUACUGUUAGAACAGCUGUGUGCAUGUUCUUCAUUUGUCUCAAGCACUGUUCAUUCAUCUCACGUCAGAGCUUUUUUUUCCUCAUUUGAUAUAUAACAGUAUAUUCUGAAAUGCAUCUUUUACAUGCUAUGUUCACAAUAAAAUAU